AUGCUAGUGCUGUGUGUUUGUGGUGGUGAUAUAUAUCAUCAGAAGGGGAUGGCUGUUUUGGUUAUGAUUUAUGAGGGGCUGAGUCUCUGUGCUUCAACGAUUUGGGAUCUCCAAGAGAUGCGUUUCGCUGCCAUUUUCGACGAUGUAAGCUUUGCUGCAAUCACCAUUAUCAUGGCUGCAGUCUCGUGCUUCAUAGCUGUAAGGAGGGCUUGA